ACCGUCUUCUUCGUGCUCUGCCCCUCCGUCCUGGUGCAGCUCACCCUCAUCUUCGUGCACCGCGACCUCAGCCGCGACCGCCCCCUCGUCCUGCUCAUGCACCUGCUCCAGCUCGGGCCCAUCAUCAGGUGCAUGGAGGCCCUGGUGGUGUACUGCUGGUCGGGGAAGGAGGAGGAGCCCUAUGUUACCAUCACCCGCAAGCGGCGGCUGCGGAAAGGCUACGAGGUGGAGAUGGAGCAGGAGGUGGGCCACUCGGUGCGCCGGCUGGCCACGCACCGCAAUGCCUUCAAGCGCAUGGCGGUCAUCCAGGCAUUCCUGGGCUCCACCCCACAGCUAACCCUCCAGCUCUACAUCAGCAUCCUGGAGAAGUACGUCCCUGCUGCCCGAGCCGUCCUCAUGGGCAUUUGCCUGGUGUCGGUCACCUACGGGGCGCUCGUCUGCAACAUCCUGGCUAUCCAGGUCAAGUAUGAUGACUACAAGGUCCAGCUGCGGCCGCUGGCCUUCCUCUGCAUUGUGCUGUGGCGCAGCCUGGAGAUCUCUACCCGCGUGGCCGUCCUCGUGCUCUUCAGCACUGUCUUCAAGCACUGGAUCAUCCCCAUCGCCCUGGCCAACCUGCUGGUGGUCUUCUUCUUGCCCUGGGUGCAGUUCUGGCGGAGCGGCACCCGCCUGCCUGACAACAUAGAGAAGAACUUCAGCCGGGUGGGCACGGUGGUGGUGCUCUGUGCCUUCACCCUCCUCUACGCCAGCAUCAACAUGUUCUGCUGGUCGGCCGUUCAGCUCAAGCUGGCUGACCGGGACCUCAUUGACAAGUCGCAGAACUGGGGCCGCCUGGCCGUGUACUACAUGGCCCGGCUGGCGGAGAACACGGCCCUCGUCAUCCUCUGGUACUUCUUCAAGACGGAUGUCUACGAGAACAUCUGCACCCCACUGCUGGUGGUGCAGCUGCUCCUCGGCUACUGCCUGGGCAUCUACUUCAUGCUCCUCUUCUUCCAGUACCUGCACCCCUGCCGCCAGCUCUUCCGGCACAAUGUCGCCGACUUCCUGCACUGCGUCUGCUGCCGCCAGCACCUGCCGGGGACUCCUCUGCACCUCCAGGCGCCCCACGAGCCCGGCGUGAGGCACAGCAUUGUCUGAGGCACGGCCAGCACUCGGCUUCUCCAGCCAGCUACGGGGACGGGCAGCGCCGGGCUGCGCCGGCAGCCAGAGGGGGCUUGCGGCACAAGCUGUGCCAGAGGCAAGCGCUUCCUGGCCCUGCAGUGGCAGCAGGUCCCACUGCGUCCCUGCGGUGGCAGGGGGACAGGAGCGUGCCCGCCUGCCCAGGACCACACGUAUGGACAUGAAGGACUUAAGGGGUCCCCAAACCGCCUGCCGCUGCAAGCCGGCUGCUGUGCAGUGCACAGCUCCUGGGGUGCCCCGACACUCUCGCCCGCCCACUAUGGUACAUAUGGUGACCUCGGGGUGACCGGUGGCGGCGGGACUGUUUUAAGCAGUAAAGAAACUUUGCUGUGGC